GCCGCUACAACUUCGUGUACGUCCCCCAUGACAAGUCACGGCAACGGAAUGUGGCGCUGGCCUUCGUCAAUUUCACUGACAGUGAAGCGGCUAGGACGGCUUUUGCGUACUUUCAGGGGCGCAGCCAUCCGAUGGACGUUCGCCUUGGAAGCCACAUUCGUGUUUCCCAGGCAGAUGUGCAGGGCCUCAAUCUUAACCUGGCGUACUUCAUCGCCAGGAGUGGCCUCACCGAUAUGGAGAACCCACAUGCACCUCGAGUCUUCGAGAAGGGCCGGCGCGUAAACCUCUUGGAGGCUGCGAAGAAGCACGUCACCAUGCAACUGGUGGCGCAGGCCAGCCAGCACGUGAAAGCAGUCGAUGAU